UGCAGCAUGUAUCUCUCUCUUUUUCUUUUUUCAAUUUUCUUUUCAUUUCUAAUCUAAUUUCUUUUUUUUUCUGACGCAAAGCUUCUUCUUCUUCUUCUUCUUCUCUCUCUCAUUCUCUCUUUCUUUGGUUUGAAAUCUUUUUGUUUUCCAGUCCUCAUGAAUCAAAAACAAUUGACACCCGAAACAGAGCAAAAACUUGAUGGCUGAUUUUGUUUCCAUGUGUCUGAUCGAACAGCUGUGGUUUAAAAUGGCUGGUUUCUUUCGACAGCGGAGCAUGUUAAAAAAUGCCCUGAGGGAGCCUGAUCCAACGACGGAGAAACUUCUACAUGUAUACUUUAAGCUGUUAUAAAAAAAACUCAGUUCUUAUUCUUUCUCGGUGCUGAAAACGUAAUUGUCUGCUCCAAUACUUUAUAUUUGUCAAUUCACAUCUGCUUCUAAAUAAUUUUGUAUUGGUCUGCAUAGUUGUUCGUAUUCUAGUAUAAAACAGAUAGCAUUUGUGUUGCCACAACCGUAUGUAUAAAAGUAAAUAUAUAUGUUUAUUGUUAACAUGCUAACUUAUUUUAUAACAUGCUAAUUUCUUUUAUUUGGCUCGUUAACUUUAAAAUUAGUUAGUUAACUUUAUGUUUUAAAAACAUAAAGUUAACUAACUAAUAUUAAAAACAUAAAGUUAGUUAGUUAACGAGCCGAAUAAGUUAGUAUGUUAUAAAAUAAUUUUAAAAACAUAAAGUUAACUAACUAAUAUUAAAAAAAAAUGCAAACAAAAAAAGUUGUAAAAAAUUGCAAAACAAAAAUGUGUCAGGUACUUUGUUGCGUCAGGUACUUUGUAUGUUAGAGAAAAAGGUCAAUUUGGGAAGUCCUUGUAACAAUAUGCAUUUGUCUACCUAUUUAUUUUCCAUAAUGCAUAAUUUAGGCCUCUCUUAUGGGCAUAUACCUUGAUCACUCCACAGAUAAUUGGUAGGCUCUCAUAAAUGUUUUUUUAUUAACUUGUAAAUAUCAUUAGAUGAUUAAAACGUUUUUACAAAAAGCAGAACCUUAAGGUUGGACCACCCCGGCAAAAGACGAGAAAAAACAAAAUGAACCAAGGGGGAUGAAUCAAGAAAGCACUACGCAGAGUGUUAUCUUAACCAUAAAACCAUUCGAGAAGAGAAAUUUUUCAAGUGUCUUCUCGCUGAGAUACCAUUUCGCACUUCCUUUCUACUUAAAUGUUAUAAAGAAAACGUAAAAUGCCAUCUUUCUACUUGUAACUUUGAAGGAACCAGAUAGGAAGAUCUUCUUUUUCCUAAUGUAGAUUUCUCCUAUACGUCAAUAACUCACGGGAGUUGAGCUGCUCACUCAUUUUUCCCUACGUAACAUUUAACGUACACCAUUCUCUCAAGAUGCAUCCAUUAUAUCAAAGAUCUCUAAACCAUAAUAUACACAAAUUUGAUUUCUCUUAUUACUAUCAUUUGUGGUACUAAAUUUUUUUAGAAAAAUGGGUGGAUUUCCUGGAUUUGGUGUUUGGAUGAAUCAGAAGACUCAACAGCCUCUUAAGACCGGGUCCAAGAGAUCUGAGGAUGAUAAAUCUAAGUCGGUGUCACCGAAAGAGAGUAAUAAUAUGGAAUUAUAUCACGACUCAGAGGAGGAAGAUAAGCAAAUAAAACUAUGGAACGUUGCAGAGAGAAAGCAUCCAUGGUAUGAUCCUCCUCCUAAAGUGAAGGUAAGAACAAUUCAGCAAACGAAGUAUAUGCAUUACCACUUUGGCCUUGGAGGAAGCGCUAUAAUUUUUCUUUUCUUGGAUCUGAAAUGUUUCUUUUUUUUUUUAUGUUUGAAGGUGACAACGAAAAGGGGUAUUUGCCAUAUGAAUAUAGAAUUCACAUUGGGAGUGACCCCUUUAGCAGCCUUCGAAAAUUUGCGUAAACCAAUGUCCUUGUCAAUAGACAUGUCUGCGCGCCAACUUCUGAAAAACAAAUCAAGAAAGGUUUUGAAGAAGGAUGGUCCAAGAGAGAUUUUAGAGACAGAGAACACUGUGGCCUUCGAUUUCCUGUGGUGGUCUGGAGCUUUCCCCAUAAAGCUUAUUGUCGACGAAAACAUUAAAGAUCUUACGGCAAAAUAUAAAAAGGAGAAAAUGAUGUUCAUGAAAGUGUUUGAGGGUAACUAUAAAGUGGAGCCGAUAUUUGUAGAUUCAGAACGUUUGUGCAAGCAUAGGUUGCCGAAAACCCGAGAAGAAUACAAAAAAUGUAGUGAUGGACAAGGAAAAAUUGCAUCGAAAGUGAUAAUGAACCAAUACUUUCAACCCUCUCCUCCGUUUAACCUGCCACCGUUUUCAUGGUACAUUAAUGGGAUCACCAUCAGGACCACAAAAACACUGCUCCAGAUGAUUGAACUUUCGACUGUGACCUUCCGAGAGUUGUCGUGAGUUCUCAUGAUAAUGACGUCAUAAAGGCAUCAAGGCAACAAACAUGGAAAAUAAUAGCCUAAAUGAACCUUCACAAAAUAGAUGUCGUUAGUCUAUGAAAGACAACAUAUAUAUUUAUAAUGAUUAUUAUAUCCUUUAGAUGAACAAUUUGAGUCGAGUUUAGAGCACCUCCAAUGUAUUACUCCAUAUUUUACUUUAAAAUGGUGCAACACCAAAAUGGAAUAAGGUUUUACUCUAAUGUAUUACUCUAUUUUCUACUCCAAAAAUAAUAUAUUUUAUUAAUAA